AUGGUUUCCACCAAGGCAAUGGCUGACCAGAGUGAUACUACUGCUGUUAGAGGUGCUACUGAUGAUGUUGAUGCACGGGAAACCCGAGUUGUCAAUGGAAGUGCAGUGGUUGCAAACAUGGCUUCUGAAAUGGAUGCUAUGUAUUAUAAUAUGUGCCAUUCAAAAAGGGGAUUAGCCAUAAUAUUGAAUCAUGAAAACUUUGGAAUCCAGAAACUAAAAUCUAGAUCUGGUACAAACGUAGAUCGUGACAACCUUAAAGAAAGCUUAGAACAUUUAGGAUUUGAUGUGAAAGUGUAUAAUGACUUGCCCUACAAAAAUAUAAUGAAGGUUGUUGAAGAAGCGGUUGAAACAGAUCAUUCAGAACAUGAUGCUUUUGUAAUGGCUGUGUUGUCUCAUGGAGAACAAGGCAUUUUAUAUGCAACUGAUACACCUUACAAACCAGAAUAUCUUUGGACUAGUUUUACUGCUGAUAAAUGCCCUUCGCUAGCUGGGAAGCCUAAAGUAUUUUUCAUUCAGGCAUGCCAAGGUGAUCAACUAGAUGGAGGUAUUACUUUAGCUAAGAGAACAGAAGUUGACGGCAAUUCAGUUAGCUACAAGAUUCCUACACAUGCGGAUUUUCUCAUCGCAUAUUCUACAGUUCCUGGUUACUUUUCCUGGAGAAAUACUACGUAUGGAUCAUGGUUUAUGCAAGCCCUGUGUUUUGAAUUGAAGCGCCGUGGGAGAGAAAUGGAUAUGCUUUCUCUAUUGACUUUUGUUUCUCAACGAGUGGCAAUUGAUUUUGAAUCAAAUUGCCCCCAAAAUCCCACAAUGCAUAACCAGAAGCAAAUUCCUUGUGUAACAUCAAUGCUUACAAGACUGUUAAAAUUCUCUAGGAAAUGAAAGUGAAAAUUUUCUUUAAACAAAGAUGGAAUGUUCAUUAAGAAAUAAAUAAUUUUAUAGAAUCAAUUAUUUUCACAACUAUAAUCCCUUUCAGUAUUAGCAGUAGGCUAAAAUCAAAAGUCUAGAAUUUGAAAUGUCUUUCCUGCACUUAUUUUGUGUAACUGGUAUGUUUGUUUUUUUGAGGAUUAACCUUGCCUCAUUUCAUUACCAAAUUACUAUGAAUCAGGGUGCAAAACCCAAAGUCAUCGAGCAUCUACAAGAAUUAAAUACAAUAACUAUAAGGUCAGUCAAUUAAGUAUUUAAAAUUAUAUAGAGUUAUGUAAAAUAUUGUGAUGCACACUUGUAAAGUAUAUACUUAUAGGUACUACAAAAUAAUUUGUAUAAAAUAAGAAUUCAAGGAAUUGAAAAUAAUUUUGAUACAAAAAAUAAAUUUAAAAGUAAAUUUACUUUUACAUAUAUUUGUGUAUUUUGCAUUCAUUCUCCCAAUGGAAAAUAAAAUUAAUUUAAGAAAACAUUGUACUGAUGAAAUUUAAUUUUUAUUAUUAUUUCUUAACCUUAGUUUUAUAAAAGGUUUUCAAAAAACUUUAUUCAUAAUAAAACUCCCUUAUAUUCUC